CGACAGGAAAUCUGGACUGAAACGCUCCAACUGGAAUAGCUCGGCUGUAACCAGGCAACCGGCCUGACGCAACCACCAAAAAAAAAAGGCCCUUAAAAGAAAAAACCACACAGAUUUCCAAGGCGAGACAGAGACGAGAGCGAGACAGUAACCUGAAGGCAUCGCUGACAAGCGCUCUGCAAGCAGCACGUUGGGAAGCAGAGGCAGUGAAGCGGGCGCCCACAUCUGCAAAAGAUUCAUCGCCCCUGAUCUCCCAAGGCUUUCUAGAGUAUUUGACGGAUGGGGCCACUGAGGCACGGAGAAAGAAAGCAGAGUUCACCGGGGAGCUAGGAGUAGGAGCUGCGCUUCUUGAAUUCACCUCUGCUGAACUUCACCCAAGCUGGGAGGUCUCUGCAAAGUACUCCGCUACCUCCACGGGAAAGGGGAGCAGUGCAAGAUGUUUCCCCCAAUCCAAGUGAUGCCUGAACGGGGAAGAUGCCGAUGUGAUUGAUCCUCUCUGGAGAGCUUGCCCCGAUGCAUCGAGCCCACAGAUGGAAGCUGUCCCUACCAUAAGGAUUCCCUGGCCUUGGCUGUUGUCCUGAACUUUGCCCUUGCCCCCCUGGGACUCUUUGCUGCAAAAGAGGAUGUCUUUGCCACAAAUCCAAAUAGAGGAGGUGGGAGACGGCGCCGAUGCCGUGUCCUCGAGCGCUGCCCCUGCUGACGACCACCUGAGAAGUCUGAAGGCUCUGACGGAGAAACUGAGGCUGGAGACCCGGCGCCCUUCCUACUUGGAGUGGAAGGCAAAGCUUGAAGAGCAAGCCUGGAAGAGCCCUAAACCGUCUGCGGAGGAAGCCGUGAGAGAGCCCAAAAAACCCUCGGAGGAAGCUGCCCCUGUAAGGAAGGUCCAGGUACAUCUCAACGGGAGUGCUUCCCCGGAGAAAGUGACUGUCCCUUCUGGGAAACUCAGCGGCUUUGGGAGCAUUGAUGAAGCUUUGAACUGGCUCAGGAAGGAACUGACAGAAAUGCGUCUCCAGGACCAGCAGCUGGCGAGGCAGCUCAUGCGCCUGCGGAGCGACAUCAACAAGCUGAAGAUCGAGCAGACCUGCCACCUGCACCAGCGCAUGCUCAACGAUGCCACCUACGAGCUGGAGGAGAGGGACGAGCUCUCCGACCUCUUCUGCGACUUCCCGCUCGUGACCUCCUUCAGUCUCUCUACUCCCCUGAAGCUCAUCGGGGUCACCAAGAUGAACAUCAAUUCCCGCAGGUUCUCGCUGUGUUAGGGUCGGGGGGGGAGGCAGGACAGGGGUCUCUCCACCCAUCGGCCAGGUGCAAAGCAUCAAGAGGGAGCAGUGGGGAGGAAAAAAAAUGGAGAGGAACCCCCCAUCUGCUCUUGGGGCAAAGCAACUAGGCCCCAGUCUUGAGAGGGCAUGGAGAAGCUGGCAGAUUACCUGGGGAAUUAGAGACGCUGGAACCGGGAAGGGCAUCUGAGUCAAGCACAUGCAGUAAGCAUGCCCUGUAGGAAGCAAAAUCCCACGAGGCCUCGGUGCCAUGUCAGCAUCUCCAGGGUGAUCUGCAGGGCACCAAAAGAUGGUUCAGCAUCUCAGCUACCCAUCAGUCACAGCGGAGCUGAGGAAUGCAGCCAGGCCAGAGCCCAAAUGCCUUUUCUGAUCCUUUUUGUCCACCCAGCUCCACCUUUUAAGAAUAAAUGCAGCUGCUCUGUCGAGGGUCUAGUAUUGCUCUCCUACUUAGGAAGCUGAUUUCCAGUGGGAGAGGGCUCCCACUGGCCUGAGGAAUAAUGGAUUUCUGUCAUGCGUGACCCCCCAGAUGAAAGGCAGAGAGGUCGGGCUUGCUUAGACUAUGUGCAUAAGUGGCUCCAUGCACUGCAGCAAAGCCUGUUACAUCUUCCCUUCUCGUAUGGCAUGCUCCAGGCUGAUACAGCCAUUUGGAGUGGGCAACUAUGGCCCGUGCACUACGAUCAAGGCAGUAAAAUGUUCCUGAUCUGCAGCUGUAAGAGGCAAUUAUCCCCGGACCACCAUAAGAGGCAAAGGGAGACAUAUUUCACUCCUGUGAUGGUCCGAAUACCCAACCCGGUGCAAUUCUGCUGGAUGGGGGGAGAGCUCCACAGCCUCAGCUACCGUCAGCAGAAGAUAGUGGAGCAUCAGUAUGGGCAUAUCCAGAGAAGGAGCCAGCUCAAGGAUGAAGCAGGGAUUACUAUAGUGAUUCGAGUAACCAGGAAAGACUGGAAAAACAAGGUGAGAUGCGCUGCUACGGAGAGCCAGCGCAAAGUCGUUUCUGAUGUGUAGUGAACGUGUGCUCACAGGGAGAGACCGCUUACUGCCAGGCAGUGCCUGUUGUGUAUGUCAAGAUGGUUGGCUAGCCCCAUUUCUGUCCCAUCUUAGUCCUCAUUGAAUGGCCCUGUGUGUCAGCACCCUCCCUUCUCCCUAGACAGACAGGUGCCACCCAUCGGUCCCUAAGCAUUGCACCAAACCAGCGUUGUCCUCAGCUGCUUACCAGACCGGCUUCCCCUAUCAAUCUGUUGCACAUCAGCUAGGAGAGAGGUCUUCUGGUGGAUAGCAGAGGGCAGAGGCACCAGCACAUCCGUGCCUUUGAUUACAAAUUCUGUAUUGUAUAUAAGACAAUCAGAGUCCACUAGGACUGAGAAAAGAAAAGACAAGGUCGUGGCUGGGCUUCUGCUCCUGGAUGAUUAGGGCUUUAAUAGAUCCAAGAUGUUACUACCAUGUAACAGGAAACAGUGGGAAUGGGAAGAAACGGCUCAAGAAGGAACCAAACCCCCUUGCAGCAAGCCAGCCACCCCUCACGCAUGCAGCCCUCCUGUCAUGCUGUCUGGUUGAGGAGGGGGGUCUCGCAUGAGCUGGCGGCCAUUCUCAAAUUCAUCCUUCAUUCAAAUAUAUAACCCAGUGAUUUCCAACUUCUUUGGACCAACACAGCAUGGGCAGCCCUCAACAUGUCUUGCAGACCACCAUGGAGCCUUAUAAUCAAACGUCGGGUUGGAAGGGGAGGCAGUACAACCGGCGGACCUCUUACCACGUCCUCCGGGACCACCGUGGGGAAAGAUAUAUCCACAGGAGUGAUGCUAUAGUGACCUGUAGUGACGCAGUGCUCUGCUCUACGGUGCUGUUGGAUAUUGGACCGUUAGCAUGUAUAGGAACAGAAGAACAGAGGAUACAGGACUGCGAGGGAGCUCCUAGGAUAGUGAUUCUCAACCAGGAUGCCGGGGCACCCUAAGGUGCUGCCAGAUCCUUUGCAGAGUAUGAGAUGAUAAGCAGAUUAGCUAAGCGAAUAAGCCCGACUCAGGCUUGUCCCUGCCUGGACAAUCCCUGACCCCUACUGCCCAGCCCCUGUGUAAGGAGGUAAGCCCUGUACCAUAUACAUUUGGUUUUGAAAUUGGGUGCCACUCAACUCCCAACAUUAUGGAGGGGGCCACCAGUGCAGUGAGGGGUGCCUCAAGUCCAAAAAGGUUGAGAACCACUGGCCUAGGACAUCAAGUCCAAACCCGGCUGUUGUCGGCGAUGGUGCUGUGCAAGCUCCAUGGUUCGAUGUUUUGGUUGCACGGCUCCAUGACCUCCUUCCUCCGGUGUGUAGAAACCUUUGUGUAAUGGUCAACCUAAAUUCAUUGAUGGCCAGCUUGUACCCAUUUUCCCUUGUGCCAACGCUGUCCUUCAGCUUAGAGAUCUUCCCCCUUGGUGUUUAUCGCCUCAUCUAUUCGAGGGGGCAAUAAUGUCCUCUUGGCCUUUGUUUUGCUAGGCUUAAAGAAGCCAAGCUGCUUUGGCUCCCAUCCCAGUAGCCCUUCCAGUAGCCUGUUCCAAUGUGACUUCAGACUUGGAGCAGAUCAGAUAACCCUCGCACUUAGACAUGCAAGCGGUCCCAUGGACGUCGGUGGGAUGAAGGUAGAAAUGCUGAGUCUGGAUCCUACAGUCAAAAGCGAACAUUUGUUUUCCAGGGGUCAAAAAUACCAAAUACUUUUUUGUUCCCGGAUUUUUUUUAAAAGUUCUUUUAAAAAAGAAAAAAAAAGAAUUCCUAUUAAAACUAAACUAUUUUUAGUUAGGAUCUUUGGGGGGUUUUUGGUAAAAAAAACCCCAGCCUGCCUCCAAUUGUUGGGUUUUAGAGAUAUUUUCAGGGCGGGGAGCAAAACAGGUUUUUUUUUACUGAAAACCAAGAGUUUUAGCAAACACCAGAAGAUGUCAAUGAACAAGAAUUUUUUCAUUUGAUUUAAAUGCUUUUUUUUUUCAUGAAAUAAUAUCAUUUCAAUGCCUUUUUUUAUUGGAAAAAAAAAAUAAAAAGCUUCCAGGAAAACAAGUGGGCUAGCUUGCAGCCAUCCCAUAGUGAAUGGCUAAGUGAGUACAAACCGAGUUUAUCCCAAAAAACUGCAUUUUUAAGACGGGGGUAAGCCGAGUCUUGCUUCUGUACUGUUAAUGACUCACUUGGUGGCUGUAAAAAGUUGAAGUCAGCACUGUAAGGGUGAAGUCAUCGUAGCUGUGGUUCAUGAUUUCAAUUGCCAGGGGUUGAGAAAGAUACUGCUGUGUUUACUGGCUAGGAGAUGGGUUGGGAUUUCUAGCUGUUAGGCAAAAGGCACUGCUUUUUCCAGUAGAGAAGGAUGUCAGUGCUGAUGACUGCACCCGGCCUCCCGUUACAUGACAUACAUGGCGCAAGCCUCAAAAGCUGCUCCUUCCCCGGGAGAGACAAGACAGCGAUGGACUCCGAGGGACUUCCCAGCCAAUUCCUAUCGGACCACCGAGCAAACCUCUCACUGCAAAGAUAACAGCCACCCAGCACUUCAGCAGCAAGGACCACACUUUCUUUCACACCAAAGCAUUGAACUACACAACUUGAGCAAGAGACACCUCUCCAUUAGCAGGCAGCAGCAGUAGGCUGCUAUACGUCGUGUGGACCACCCCUCGCUACUUCGGGGAUGCACAAGAGUGAUCCACGCCAUUUCUAGUCUAAUCUGUCUAGGGUUUGGGGGUUUUUUGUGACCGUGCUCACUGCCACGACAGCCAAAAGGCCUCACCAGCAGCCUCUCCACCAGAUGGCCUUGAGGACAGGGGACAAAACAGGGUAAAACUUUGGGUUGAAAUAUUGUCUUCUGCAGAUGUGAGAAAAUGACCCCAAAGGUACGUCGCUGUUGUUCUUAUUUGUUCGUUUCUGUUACUCACCAGCAGAAUCAAAAGUGGGGUCAGACACUUUAAAGUUGGGGGGCGGGGGGUGGAUUUAGCUGACAAAAAGCCAAAUCCUCAACUGGGGGUAAAUGACUGAGAGUUUGGGUCGCUAAGACGGGCCUAGAGGGAACGGGGGGUCAGUUCCUAUCCUCGCCGUGGGUCCUUAGGCUGGGCCUUGGUAGCAUCUUUGCCCCAGCUCCAACAUCUGUACGAUAAAGAUGAUUGCACGUCCCUACCUCCCAGAGGGGAUCACAGGUUGCGAGAUGCUCGGCAUCGCUGUGAUGGGGCCCGCUGAAGGACUGGAGAUAACGAGAUGGUGCUAUGCCAGCUUACCCAGCUUGGAGCUGGCGCAAAGGAAAUGUCUCCAGUCUCAACUGGUGCCUUUGCUCUCUUAGAAGAAGGGGUCCAAGGUAGUAGACAGGGGGAGAGAGUCAUGCUGCAAGGCCAAGUGCUGCCAAGUGUUUGUGGCAUGGAGCUCUGGGGCCUGGUUGCACCAUCGCCGAUCAAGCAGCAUCUGGUUCAAUUCCCAGAAAACUCAUCCAGCUCCCUCAACUUCAGGUCCUGUCCCACGGACAAAAUACAGGGUACGUUCUAGACCUGCUUUCUGAUUAGACUCAUGAUCCUUCAGCUUGGCAACAGCCUGGAUAAAAUCCUAAUAAUUACAAAUCAGGUUGUGUUUCAAAUAAUAAAAAAAACUUUUACAACUUUAGCCAAACUAAAAAAAACUCAAUACUAUUUAUUUGGCAAGUAAAAAUGUGACUUGACCAAAAAGGAAAGGUAUUUGGUGGGGUUCUUUGAUAGAACUUUUAUAUUUUCCAAAUAAAUUUUGCCAACUUUGGGCCUCAGCCCUGUGUUCUGCCAAGGAAUAAGUCAGGAUGCUUUCAUCUUCUUGUAGAUUUUUGUUCCCUUUCUUCCGGGUGAAUUUUCUACCCAAGUUCCUGUAACAAUAAGGCCCUUGGGUGUUAUCUGGUUCAACCCCCUGCACCUAUGCAGGAAUCCUGACCCUGAAAUGUAUAGUUCUAGUCAAACCAAAAUCACAUUUUUCAGCCAAAAUGAGCCUGAACACUUCCCCCCAACUCUAUCUGUGGCUUUGCUGAGCCAGGCAGCGUCUGGUUUCAAAUAGCCUCUCCUAGCUCCAAAGCCAGGAAAAAACGCUGAGUUUAGACUUGAGGGCUCUCAAACCUGCAGCAAACCUACGGGAAGCAAAACCACACGCAUUAAGGUCAUUGCAAACUUCCAUGCAAGUCCUCAGGGACAGAAGCAGUUUAACCAGCACUGACAGAAGGACCCCCUUGGUGCUGAGCCCACAAUGAAGACAAAAGUAAGAUGGCUGUAGCAGCAGGUUCGGUCUCUGGAAUGAGUCUUUAGGAACAUAAAGUGGAAGAUUGUAUUAGGGAUAAGGGUCCUGGUCCUCUGUGCACCCUAGAGAGGACCAGAAGGCAUUACUCGAGGGAGCUGGAUUACAACUCUCAGCACAGCUGCAUGUCUCACUCCCUCCGCCGCACUACAGAGAUCCCUUGGGUUAGCCAGUCCCCAUCGUUGUGACCUGCAGACCCAGUCCAGCAUCCACAGAGUGUGAUUGUCCCCCGAGGGAAGUGUCUCAUGCCCUACCAUUUUGGCAAUACCAAGUGCUAUUACAUGAUCAACGAGUGAUUUGUAUUUUUGUGGUUUCACUUCUUGUUUCUAUCUUACCACUGAACCAAGUGAGAAUCAAUAAAGAUGUCAUUACAAAAA